AAAAAAAUGAGGAAUUGAUAAAAUUUAAUAAAUAUCAACAAUACACAUAAGAACACUUUCUGAAAAAUCAUUAAUAUACUUUCAUCUUUUUUUUUUUUUUUUUGAGGGGUGACCACCCCGACGGAACUCUACAAUUCAAGAAUGAACUAAACAACAGCUGUGGAACCAGUUGGAUUUUUAAUAUGAGUUUUGAUGCCGAUUGUGAUGAGUUUAUUCAAAACAAACUUUUUCGCACCCGAGGAAAAUGUGCAAUAUAUGCUCGCCAAUCAGAUGUCUAUGUCGCGGUGAAACAGAAGUCUUGCUUCCGAGCCUCUGCAUCCACUUUGGCCAUGGCGGAGGGCAACAACAACAGUUUAACUGUAAUCAACAUGCGACAUGACAUCUGGUUCCACAUAUCCAUGCACAUCGACCCGGAGGACGUGCAGACCUUUGCUUUGAUUUGUAAGCAAACCGCCAAACUGGUCGCAUCGCGGGCUUUCUGGCGUAAUCUCUACCGGCGCCACUGCACUGGAGCCACCUCCGGGUGGAAUCUGGACCUGCCCGCCCAGCUGCAGCUGGAGCAGAUCCGCAACUGUGAUAUACGGGCCCUCAGAUCACUGGUCAUCGAGGCGCUCUUCCACUGCCACCGCCCGCUGAAGAUCCGUCUGGAAUUGGGCUACAACCUAGACUGGCUGCUCCAGCGCAUCUUUUUGUCCUGCUGGCAGACGCAGUACCAAUGCCUUUGGAUCAUGUGCUACAAGUUCUGGAAUCGACAGCCGCAGGUACAAAACGAAUCGGAUGUGGAAAACAACGAAGUGGUUAAUGAUUGGGAAACCCUGGCUGAUGACGAUGUGGGAAAAUUGGCUCCCACGACUGGAAAUUCCAACGAGGGAAUGGUACUCCUUAUUGUCCUGUGCCGCCACUUUGUUCCUACACCCAGCCAAUUGUCCUACGGCCAUCAAGAGACACGCUACCGCCUUCGAGCCACCCGGGAGCUCCUCUGCACGGACAUGCGAGCCAAAAACCUGGAGCUGGACUUCGCCGAGGAUGGCUGCCAAAAUGUAUCAGUAACCGUGAAAUACGCUCGCAUCGAAAAGUACAAAGUGUUGCCCUGGUGGCAUCCUGACUUCCAGAGAUUCGUUAAAUAAAACCCCCACUACGACUUUAACGUUAUCGAC